GGUUUCCGGGUUUCCCUUCCUGGGCUGGGACAGCGGCAAGAGGCAAAAAGCUCCUGGUGAUCAACAAUAAUUCAAAGUUACACUCAGGCUCAUCAGACGUUCAGUAAAGAGCAGCAAUGUCUCAGUCUGGAGAGAAAGGGAAGUUCCCAGAUGCAACAGGUUAUGUAGGGUUUGCCAACCUCCCAAACCAAGUCCACCGAAAAUCUGUGAAAAAAGGGUUUGAAUUUACUCUUAUGGUUGUAGGGGAGUCUGGUUUGGGCAAGUCGACGCUUAUAAACAGCCUGUUUCUCACUGAUCUCUACCCUGAACGCUACAUCCCUGGUGCUGCAGAGAAGAUUGAGAGGACGGUGCAGAUUGAGGCAUCGACUGUGGAGAUCGAGGAGAGGGGAGUAAAGCUCCGCCUGACCGUGGUCGACACCCCUGGAUAUGGCGAUGCCAUCAACAGCCAGGACUGCUUCAAGACCAUCAUCCAGUACAUUGACAAUCAGUUUGAGCGAUACCUCCACGACGAGAGCGGCCUGAACCGAAGACACAUAGUGGACAACAGAGUGCACUGCUGCUUCUACUUCAUAUCUCCAUUUGGACACGGUCUAAAGCCUCUGGAUGUGGAGUUUAUGAAGGCCAUUCACAGCAAAGUCAACAUAGUCCCAGUCAUUGCCAAGGCUGACACACUGACACUGAGGGAGCGGGACCGCCUCAAGAGGAGGAUCCUGGACGAGAUCGCAGAGCACGGGAUCAGAAUUUAUCAGCUACCUGACGCCGACUCUGACGAGGACGAGGAGUUCAAGGAGCAGACCAGAGUCCUGAAGGCGAGCAUUCCUUUUGCUGUGAUUGGCUCCAACCAGCUGAUUGAGGUGAAGGGGAAGAAAAUCCGUGGUCGCCUCUACCCCUGGGGAGUUGUUGAAGUGGAGAACCCGGAGCACAAUGACUUCCUCAAACUACGCACCAUGCUUGUGACCCACAUGCAAGACCUGCAGGAGGUAACUCAGGAUCUGCAUUAUGAGAACUUCCGCUCUGAGAGGCUGAAGAGAGCGGGCAGGGCUGUGGAUGAAGAUGUGGUGGAUAAGGACCAGAUCCUGUUACAGAAAGAGGCCGAGCUGAGACGUAUGCAGCAGAUGAUCGCUCAGAUGCAGGCGCAGAUGAAGAUGAAAUCAGACGAGUGAAAACAUUGCAGCAGAAGGGAAACAGAGAUCCAAACCCCUCCAACAUAAACACACACACACACACACACACACACACACACACCUGGUCCUCCUCUGAAUCCAUCCGUGCCUGCUGUCACCAGGCGUCCAGGUAUCCAGGAUCACAUCAUCUUUAUCUUCGCACCACUUCUUCUUCUUCUUCCCUCCAAACAUCCAUCCAUCAGCUGUUCAGGAGCUUCUUGAACAUCUUGUCAGGACUCCUCUUACAAUCCACACAUAGAUCUCACUGAUUGUCCUAUUUUUUAUGUACUAGUUUGAGUCGGAAUGGGCAAAAUUUGAUAAGCGUGAACACGAAAAUGUUUAAUAGUGGUUGAUCAUCAUUGACAUAUCCAUUAUUUAGUCUUUGAUCUUAAUUAUGACUCCACAGAGCUGCCAGUGACAAUGGUACUAAGAAUUUUUCGCCAACACUAUCAUGUUUACAAAAAUAUGUGUAAGUUAUGCAUUUUUCUCCAGUCCAAGCUUCAGAUGGCAUCAUUUUUCAUGUACUUUGCUAUCAGGUUAUGGCUGUUUUGAACAUAUAUUAACUUAAAAGUGAAAAACUGUUUGCUUCUCAUGUUUUCUAUUUACUUACGAGUGAGUAAUUUCCUUUACCUCUCUAUGGUUUCAGACCUUCAGUGCCUUCAGCGCUUAAGUCUAAUAAUAAAACUAUACUACUACAAAAACUAUAAAUAUUACACAGUGAAAUGUAAGUGUGGUUAUGAGUGAGAUAAAUGUCCAUGCAGAGAACAAGGUACACUCUUUUGUCGAACUAUAAACCAACGUUGCAAUCCUAAUUGUAGGGUUUUAUUUGACUUAUAAGCUGAAAGCUUCUAUGCAAGUAGUCAAACUAAUUCUACAUUGUUAUAAAGAGACACAAGCGGACUUAAGAAUCAUGUUAUAGUUGAACAAAGGUGCCAUGUUGUUAAUGUUUUUGUAUUUAUAAAGAGCUGCAUGAUCUUUAUUUAAUGCCAGUGCCAUUUUACAACUACAGACUGAAAACUAGUCACACUAUCUAGUUUAGCUUUUAAGUCCAUAACCUAAUGUUUCCGUAUUUUAUUCAUAUGAUGUCAUUUAAUGUGUAAAAUGUUCUCUUUGUACACUACAUGUGCAGCUUUUAAUCAUACUUUAUUUGAGCUUUCCCAUUUAAAAAAUCAAAUACUUUAAUAUUUAACAGUUAAAUGUGUAAACGCUCUGCAGUUCCAUCUAACUCUGCUGUCUUUUAUGUGUUGUUGGCAUUAUUUUGUUUUCCUGUCUUUUGCUCUUUUAUUCUCAUUAAGACACAUUAUUAAUAUUUCUUAACCAUAUGUCAGUAAAGACUUGUUCUUAGGCAUAAACUUUUUUUGUAUUUCUCUCUGAAAUAAAAUUUGUUUAGAGAAAA